AUGGCUACAAAACAACCAACCAAGGCGUACGAAGCGCCUACGGCCACCUCCAUUGAAAUCGAGGGCAGUGUCUUGUUGUCUGUGGUCAGACACACCUCGGAGAACUACCCUUCGUUGUACUCGGGAUCGCUCUUAGGUUUUGAGGACGACAACGGAUCCAUCGAUAUCACCCACGCAUACCCUUUCCCAUACCCAGACCAGUACGAGGGCGGAUCUUUGAGAUCCAGAUCGGGAAACAAGUACCAGCAGGAGAUUUUGGAGGCGUUGAAGUCCUUGGGUCUGGGUGUCGAGUUUCAAGGCUGGUUCCAGUCCACCAUCUCUGGUAACUUCAUCACGUCGCUGUUGAUCGAGGCAUUGGCACAACAACAGUUGACCAACAAAAACGCAUUCAUUCUUAUCCACAACAUGGCUUCUAUCGGCAAGGCUGUCGAGUUGAAGGCGGUCAGAUUGUCGGAGAACUUCCUCUCUACAUACUUGGACGGCAAGUGGAAGACCAAGGACUUGGAGAACCACAAGUUGUCGUUCCUCAACAUCUUCGACGAGAUUCCUGUGAAGAUCCACAACCAGGAGUUGGUCAACUUGUAUUUGGCCGACACCAAACCAUCGGUUACUAGCAACGAGUUCGACAACUUGAACUUCUCAUCCAACUCGAACAUCACCACUCAGUUGUUGGAGAACUUGUAUAGCCAGAUCGAUUCGUUCAACUUCGACCAGACCAACUUCAACUACUAUCAGAGACAAUUGCAGAAGGAACACACUCGUAUUCUUCAGUGGAAGCAAGCUAGAAAGAACGAAAACGCCGAGAGAGCCAAGGUUGGCGAGUCUGAGUUGGACCCCGAGGAGUGGCAGACUCUCUUCAAGUUGCCCGCUGGUCCAUCCAGAUUGAACAACACUUUGUACUCUAGAGCUAUUGACGAGUUUGCUGAUGACAUCUUGAAGAAGUGUGACGAGGAGUUGAUCCAGAGCUUUGCUAUUGAGAGAAAGUUGACUGCCAACUAG